CUCACGAGCCCAGUUCACACCUCACACGGGGCACGCGCACGCUCCCCUCUCCCAGGUGAUCCUUCAAGGACCCCGGCCCCGGCAAACAACCCCCUAGUAGACCUCAUCAAGACCCCCAUGGGCUCGCAGACAGAGCCGUUAAUUCGCGAUAAUUGAUUGCUUCAUUGAGAGGCGCCCCUCACCCCCCACCACCACCAACCCCGGGGGAUGAUCGCCGGGAGCCACCUGCUCCGUCGCCUCAUCCGGAGGCACCGAGGUCGCGAGGUCAAGGAUGAAGAAGAGCCACGGCGGAGCCGAUCGCUCGCCAGCAUCGACUCGAACACCGACUCCGUGGGGACCAACGGCAACUCGUUUGACGACGGCCGCAUCCCGGACGCGACGCCAAGCUGCGUCGCCCAACCUGAGCCCCGGCAAGAGCCCGAGCCUGAGCCGGAGCCGGAGCCGGGAAGGAGGAUGAGGCGGCAGCUGGCCCGCUCCAAGUCGGCGAGUAAGCUGCUGCGGGAGUCCGGGGAGAAAGUUCACUCCUCAACGACGAUCCGGAAGAAGUACAACGGCCAGUUCCACCGCCUCUUCCAGGAGGUGACGGCAGACGAACCGCUCAGCGACACGUUCUCGUGCGCGCUGCAGAAGGACAUGCUCUUCCACGGCCGUCUCUUCAUCUCGGCACGCUGGGUCUGCUUCUACGCAAACUUCUUCGGUCGCGACAUCAAGGUGGUGAUCCCCGUAGACUCGGUGAAGUCAGUGAAGAAGCACAAGACGGCCAUGCUGGUGCCCAACGGGCUGUGCGUCACCACUCACCACGGGCAGAAGUUCCUGUUCGUGUCACUCAUGUCACGUGACGCCACUCACCGAGCCCUCGCCUCCGUCUGCAAGCACCUGGUGGGGUCCGGGACGCACGGCGGGUUAAGCCGCGUGUCUCCAGAGAGCGAGGGAGCGUUCUCUCACCCCGAGAGACCAAACUCACUCGCACUGCAGGUCGUGCUGGCCGGUGGGGACGAGGUGGACGGUCUGGCUGGGUGGGUGGAGACUCCGGGCUCCAUCACUCCGCGCACCACCAACUCUAGCGACAGCGAGAACGCUCAGGCCAGCACCACGCGCCCGGCCUCCGGCAGCAGCAGCGAGCGGCUGGUGGACGUGCACCGUGGGGUGGACGAGGUGGGUGAGGGUGACUCCAGCUCCCGACGACGCCUCAAGUCGAGCUUCCAUGGAGGCUCUGUGCGCGCGCGUCUGACGCGGUGGUCCCGGCGCAUGCAUGUGGGGGACUCCGCGCUCAUGCACAACGUGCUGCUCGUAUACACACUCCUGGUGGUCGUCCUCUUCCUCCUGUCGUGUUUCCUGGCGUACAAGCUCGUUUGUCUGGAGGAACGCCUGCUUGCCUCCGGGCUGAAUGUGCCGGAGAGCUCAAACCCCAAGUGGGAUGUAGGGGUGGGAGUGGGGGGUGUGGGGAACACAGGAGACAGAGGAGGAGGAGACAGAGGCGGAGCUGCUGGUGGUGUUGGCGGUGGCAAUGGCGGCGCUGACGGUGGCACUGGUGCCGAAGGGCCUAUCGGUGGCGGCAGCGCCGACUUCGACUUCCUCCGAGAAGUCUCAACCAACAUGGCGAGGCUGAACAGCAUCCAUGCCUCGUUGAAGUUUCUACUCCAGGAGAUCGAGGAAUCUGAGCAUUUGGCGUCGUGAGAAGAGCGGGGGUCGGAGAGUCACUGUGGUGGGGGGGGAGGGGGCACGACUAUCUCCCCCCUCUGCCCCUCCGUGCGUGCUUGAACAUUGCCUUUGAGGAGUGGUGGCGCAGCGCUUCACGCACCGCGCAUCGAGUUCAAGUCCCCCCGUGCCCUGCCGUCAGUGGCGCGUGGUAUCUGAACCCAUCUUGUGCCUCUCCCCUAGGUCUACUCGGCCUCGAGCGAGCUCCACUCCGCGGCGCGUUAAAACGUCGGCACUUGGUGGCGACGAAAGGCGGCCGGGCGGAAGUGGCCAGCGCCACGUCCACCCCACCGCCUCACGCCGGCUUUAAUAGGUUCUCGCGAACAGCACUUUUCCCCCCAGUCGUCUGUGUGAACCACACAGUGGUGAGGGGGGACCUUAGUCCGUGUUGUGUGAGUGUCUGCGGUGAGCGGUUAGCACCUUCCUACUUCAGCCGUGUUUACAGCUCAUGCCCUGGUGCUCUGGCCACACCAGGAGCCGGGCCGUGGGUUAAGUUAUUGUCGCGUGUGUGUGUGUGCAGUGGCGGCGGCGGUGGUGGUGGUGGUGGUGGUGCUACCUGGUUAGUGCUGUCCGGUGGUUGGUGGUGGUUUGUGGUGAUCGGCAGCGGUGGCUUGCGGUGCGGGUGAUUCGGUUGCCGGUCGAGCGGUGUGCGUGCAGUUGCUGUGCGGUACGGCGAGAGGGUGGCAGCCACCACCCAGCCCAACCCCCCGAACCUCGCUCUGACGCCGCUACCAUGUCGGGCGGAGAGCGAGCGAGGGACCAACGUUGUAGCGGCGGGUGACUCGGUGGGUAACCCAGUCAGUGGGUGACCCAGUCAACGGAUGACUUUUGUAAUUGAGUUUCCAAGGGGGUGAGUGACCAAGGGAGUGAGUCGUUCAUUGAGUGAGUGACUCAAAAGAGAGACCCAGGGAGAGAGGGACCUAUGCAUGGACCAAUUUAAGCACUGAGUACUGCACGAGAGUGUGGCCAGUAUGGUACAGAGAGUCCCUGUCUUGCGCAUGCACCCACAUGGCAAGUGUUACAUUGUACCCGAGUGGUGAGUGUCGUGAGUGUGGUUUGGUGUAUAACCCAUGUAGCGGAUGUGGUGAGUGUGCCCGUGCGGUGUGUACCCGUGUAGUAAGUCUGUUGAGUGUACCCAUGUGGUGAGUGUGUUGAGUGUACCCGUGUGGUGAGUGUACCCGUGUGGUGUGUACCC